CCCCUUUACGUGUGCCUGCCUGGUCUUCUCGGGCAGCGCCAUGCAGCCCAGCAGGGCACCGUGUUUCCCACUGGCGAUGAAACAUUAGGAUCCGUCUAUCAUCCGCAUUGAUCCGACUCGGGCGCCGCCGAUUCGCCGGUUGUGUGAGACCGGCCGGUGUGCCUCGCAUGGUGGAUCCGAGCGGCAUCUUCAGCGCCUGCCCGCCGCUCCCCGAGGAGGCGCCGCGAUGAGGCGAAUAACGGGAAAGGAGAAGGAUGAAACUCUGAUCGAGCUGCAGAGCGCCACGGACUCUCAGACCGGAGAUGGCCCUGCAGUGCUGACUGCUUACAGGAUAAACCUGCACUCAGAUGAAAACGGUGGAAAUGGUGUCAGUUCAUCCUCUGAUAGAGGGACACUGCCUGGACAUGCAGAAACGGACAAGCUACAGCCAAACAAAGACACUGUGUUCUUCAGGGAUGGAGUUCGAAGAAUAGACUUUGUCUUGUCUUACGUAGAUGACAAAGAUGGAGAAAAGAAACAGGAAAGGAGAAGGGAGUUCGAGGCUAACCUUGAGAAAGCAGGACUGGAGCUGGAGACAGAGGACAAAACGGACUCCAAAGACCAGAAGACGUAUUUCCUGAAAAUCCAUGCUCCGUGGGACGUCCUGGCCACCUAUGCCGAUGUCUUGAAGAUCAAAGUGCCCUUCAAGGAGAGUGACAUCCCCCACGGCCAGGAGGUCCCACUAGAGUGGCUCUCGCAUCCUUUCCGUCUGCCGGACCACAUAAUGCGGCCACAACCCGACUAUUUCACCUACCCCUUUGACAAGAACAAGACCGACUUCUUCCUCAUCAAUGACAAAGACUCCUUCUUUCCACCAUCCACAAGAAACAGGAUUGUGUUCUACAUCCUGGCUCGUUGUCCGUACUACAAACAGGGUCGCUCCGACAGAGACAAGACGGGAAUCAAGCGAUUACUCAGCAAUGGGACCUACACAACAGCCUUCCCACUCCAUGACUGUCGCUACUGGAAAAGGGCAAGAAAUGCUGAAUGUGAGAGUGAGCGCUACAACUUGUACAAGCACUGGGCCAGGUUUCUGUGCUUUUACAAAGAGCAGCCUCUGAACCUCAUCAGGAAGUACUAUGGAGAAAAGAUUGGGAUCUACUUUGCCUGGUUGGGCUUCUACACAGAGAUGCUGUUCUUUGCCGCCGUCAUGGGUGUUAUAUGUUUCACCUAUGGAGUGCUCAGUUAUGAUGACAACAUAUCAAGCAAAGAAAUAUGUGAUGCCUAUAUUGGGGGCAGAAUCCUCAUGUGUCCACUUUGUGAUAAAAAAUGUCCUUUCUGGAAGCUCAACUCAACUUGUCUUUCAUCCUGGCAAUCCCAUCUGUUUGAUAAUGAGGGAACGGUGUUCUUUGCCAUAUUUAUGGGGAUCUGGGUAACUCUGUUCCUGGAGUUCUGGAAGCGGCGUCAGGCCCGACUCGAGUACGAGUGGGACUUGGUCGAUUUUGAGGAGGAGCAGCAACAGCUGCAAAUCCGGCCGGAAUUUGAGAUCCGAUGCACCAACAGGAGACUGAACAAGAUCACUCAGGAAAUGGAGCCCUAUCUCCCCGUCACCAGCAAGUGUGCUCGCUUCUGUCUCUCUACAGCCACUGUGAUAUUCUGGAUUUCUCUGAUAGUGGCCUGUAUUAUCGGGGUCAUAGCGUACAGACUGGCUGUGUAUGCGGCCUUCGCCAGUAUCAUUAAAGACCCUCUGAGGAAGAUCCAGGUGGUGGGAAGAUUCAUCACUCCGCAGUUGGCGACUUCUGUCACUGCUUCCUGUAUCAACUUCGUCAUCAUCAUGAUCCUCAACUUCUUCUAUGAGCGAGUGGCCAUUUGGAUCACUGAUAUGGAAAUCCCAAAGACCCACCUGGAGUAUGAGAACAGGUUGACCAUGAAGAUGUUUCUGUUCCAGUUUGUCAACUACUACUCCUCGUGCUUCUAUGUGGCCUUCUUCAAAGGCAAAUUUGUGGGUUAUCCUGGCGACUACUCGUACAUGUUUGGCAAAUGGAGCAAACUGAGGAAUGAGGAGUGUGACCCUGGCGGCUGUCUCAUUGAGCUGACCACACAGCUGGUGAUCGUCAUGGCGGGGAAACAGUUGUGGGGGAACAUUCAGGAAGCUCUGCUGCCGGUGAUACGUAACUGGUGGAGUAGCAGAAAGGGGCGGCACCAUCCUGAAAACCACUACAGCCGCUGGGAGCAGGACCACGUCCUGCAGAACUUCACCCAACUGGGCUUGUUCUACGAGUACCUGGAGAUGGUGGUGCAGUUUGGCUUCAUCACUCUGUUUGUGGCCUCUUUCCCCUUGGCUCCUCUCCUGGCUCUGUUCAACAACAUCCUGGAGGUCAGGGUGGACGCUUGGAAGUUCACCACCCAGUUCAGACGACCGGUGGCGUCCAAGGCCCGGAACAUCGGCGCGUGGCAGGAGAUCCUCAACGCGGUGGCCAUUCUGUCUGUUGUUACCAAUGCAUUCAUCAUGGCGUUCACCUCAGACAUGAUACCCCGUAUGGUGUACCUGUAUGCCUACAGUAAAGAGGCCAGCAUGAGGGGCUACGUCAACAACAGCCUGUCGAUAUACAACAUAUCACAAAUACCCGAUCGCAACAUGCCAGAGGAACGGGACAACUGGUUUGAAAACUUGACCGCCACCUGCAGAUACCGUGACUACCGUUACCCUCCAGGCCACCAGAAGGAGUACACACAAACCAUGCAGUUCUGGCACAUCCUGGCAGCCAAGAUGGCCUUCAUUAUAAUCAUGGAGCAUGUGGUCUUCGUGGUGAAGUUCUUCGUGGCGUGGAUGAUCCCUGACGUCCCGUCCGGCGUGAAGGCGCGGUUUAAACGAGAGCGCUACCUGAUUCAAGAGUACCUGCAUAACUACGAGGUGGAGAAGCUCAAAAUCCAGCUGAGUGCAAGUUUCAUCACAGAGCCGCAGUCAGAAAUGUCCUUGAUGUCGGACAAGCAUGAAGUGUUGUCUGAGUGCCUGUAGCCGCUGCUUCACUCCUCAAACUAACCAAGGCAAAAAUGGACACGUCUGGGACUUUUAAUACGCUGUUGACAACAACCGUAUGCAAGGGCUUUUGGUCUUGGGGAUAAAAAACAAAAACGCUAUUAUCUUUUAAAUGGACAUUAAUAUCUGGUAAAAUAUACUCCUGUUUUAGGAUCUGUAGAGAGGAAUCAGAGAAAAAAAUCCAAUGCAACGUCUCGCUGUGCUUACAUACUUUAAGUCAGCUUCUCGAAUGAAUAAAGCUUUUCUGUGCCAUAAAAGAAAAAAACUUUGGAAGUUGUCGGGACAGAAAAUAACAUGAAAGAGCUACGAGAGUGUAACUGCAGUCUAUGUCUGUCCCCAUGUAGUGCAUUCAAACUCUCCAUUUGCCUUGACUGAAAGACUCUGUAUCUGCUGAUAGGGCUUUAGUUGAUAGUGUUUAACUUGUGAAAUAAUGUGUAACUACCCUUUAAAAGAGCUGGAUAUGCUAAUAAUUUGACAGAUUUGCAUGUGAUCGUCUUGAGAAGACAAGAGGAGGGACUGAACUGAUUAGAGCAGAAUAUUUGUCGGUUGUGAAAUUGUUUUAAAAGUUAUUGUUCAUAUCAUUUAAUUGUGAAUGUAUAAAACAAUCAAAUGUUUAAAUAUAUCAGAUAUGAAACACAUCUAUAUAUAUAUAUAUAUAUAUAUACAUGAGAGAAUUAAGUAGGCGGUGAUUAUUCCUCAGACAGUUUUGCUAUGUUAGCUUUAAAAUCAUUUUUCAAAUUGGGAUUACUUGUUCCACUUGUCUGUAGCUGGGCUAUAAGAUUAUCAGUCUUUUGUUGCUUGUUUUUCUUUUUUCUUUUUUUAACUGCAUUUGAAAAACCAGGUACCUCCAUAAUACCGCAGUGAUUCCUGCAGCAGUAUUGCGGUGAUGGACGGAAGCUGCCAGCUCAUCGCAUCUUAUCUUGCAAAAUGUAUUUCCAACUCGCUCUGGGACCAAUUCAUAAAACCAAAAGAAGAGAUUACAUGGGGGAACAUGCUGGAAGAUCUCAUGGACACUUCCGUGUCAAUACAAUCAGCUUGUGUGGAUGAGUUGAGGUCCACCACGUGUCGGCUUUACUCCUCCCCGUGUUGCACUUCGAUAAUAAAUGGCCUGUAGUUCUGUUCUUCACAUUACUGGUGUCUCCACGUGCUGCAGGCAUAAACGGUUGUAACCUUGACUUCAGAGAUAAUCAUGAAAAGGAAAUGAUUUCUUGUAUUCUGGUUGAGUUAUUGACCUUUGGUAACUUCAUAUUCUCCCGCUCGAUACUAUGUUUAGAUUUAUAUAUAAAUAUAUUGUAAUGAACUGUAGAGCAAUUCCUUCAUUGAUCUGUUUCUGCUCUGUACCCUGAAUCAUUUGUUUAGUAUCAACUCAUUAACCUUCUCUUAAAGUUUUUCAUUAUCGUUGUACUCGCGACACCUAAUUUCUUAUUUUUGUUCCAUUUAUCGCUCAUUUCAAUGACUAUCAAGCAGUGAUAGUUCAGAAAUGUCUUCACUGCCUUUAAUUCCAACUUUGUUGGAAGGAACCAGACAAGUUAAAAAAAUACUUGGGACAGAGAUCUGAUUCUGUUUCUUUCAUCUAUCAGACACCGUGUGGCUUUCUAUCUGCUUAACUCUCAACAUGCUGUGGAUGUUUCUGCGAUUGUUUUGAGACUUAUAUGUGAUUUACACUGUAUUUGAUGCAGUUGUGAUUUCAGCUCACAGCAAAUUAUAAUUGACAGUAAAAAAAACUUUCUCUGAUUUGAUCAACUCUAAUCUCAGGAUCAAACAUCUUCUAAUGUUCAUCACUAAAUCCCGAUGUCAGAUGUGUGCAGAGGGUGAGCGCGUGCUCCUGUAAGAUGUACUCGAUGAUUCACUGUACAUCCCAACAAACAAAUGCCUUAAAGGUCGGUGUUUACUUGUUUUUGUAUGAUUUUGUAUCGAAGGUGUUAACUGUCUGAAUUCAAAGCCCUGUUUCAUGUCACUUGUUGCCGCUGCUGGUCUUGUCGUCUCGUCUGUGUGCAGGAUUUUCUGUUAUGUUAAUAUUCUUCCUGUCCUAUUUUAACCGUACUGUAGCCUAUUGUACAGAAAUGCAGUACUGCUGUUAAUGUUCACAAUAAAUAAAGAAUCAACUGGUCAA